AAUAAAACAACCACACAGCGUUAAUGGCUGCAUAAUAGUCUACUGCAUAGUAAUCUGCUCUUAGCCUCUUAUAGAGACAGAUACCAGGCCUUGAAGUUUAAGAGGAAUUUCUCCAAGCAAAAGGGCUUUAUAGAGGCAGCUUCCAGUGAUGUGAGGACAGUGGCCUCAAUAACAUUUUACAGCAAAUUCAAUAAUGGAUUUAUCUGGCUGCUUUGACCUUUAAUAAAAGCCAGAACUCAACAUUAAAAUACCACUCCAGCAGCAAUUCCCAGAGGGCCCUGCAAUCCCAUUAUGAAGCCUCCUAGUAGCCAGCUCCAUCAUCAGAGCGAACUCAGGGCGCCAGGUGGGUGUAUGCCACAUGUCUGUAAACGGAGUCCCUUGGCAGGACAGCUUCUCUUCCUUGAGGGCUAAAGAGCAGGCAGAACUGGGCCCUGGGAGUCAGCUGACUGAAGCUCCUGACACCUGCCAGGCACAGGGGCUCCUCAGGCCAAGGGCGAGGGCACUGCCCCGGUGAGGCUCCGGUGGCCUGCUGAAGGCAGUAUGUGUACACACAGGCCCACCUCACAAAGGGGCCCAGGGCUUUGCUCCAGUUCUCAAGGGCAAUCAGGACCUGAGAGAAGACACCCUCGCUGGGGACAUCCCGCAUGCUGGCUGCUGGAGUUGGUUACUCUGAGAGCGGCCAGCCACCAGUCCUGAUUCAGGCUCAACCUCAGCUUCCUCUUGGAAGAACACACUUGGCUCGGAUGCUGUCUAAACUCCUAAGACUGUCUUCAGUCCGGCCUGCUUUGGCCGUGAGGGCCUGUGUAAUCCCUGCCACGGCGCCCAGCGUCCCUGAGCCUCGGAGUCCUCUCGGCUCUGUGAAGGGGCACAGGUACUACGUGGGGGACACCGUGGACAUCCUGUAUGAGAAGUGGUUCCACUGCAAGGACCUUGGCACGCAGCUGGCCCCCAUCAUCCAAGAGUUCUUCCGCUCAGAGCAGUACAGGACAGGAAAGCCCAGCCCUGACCAGCUGCCCAAGGAGCCGCCGUUCCCUCUGAGCACGCGCUCGGUCAUGGAGCCCAUGUCCCUGGAGGCCUGGCUGGAUGGUCACCGCAGAGAGCUACAGGAGGGCACAUCUCUCAGCCUAUUUGGGGACACCUAUGAGACCCAGGUCAUCGCCCAUGGACGAGGCAGCAGCAAAGGUCCAGGCGAGGCCGUGGACGUGUGGCUGUGGCAGCUGGAGGGUUCCUCAGUGGUGACCAUGAGGGGACAGCACGUGGGCCUGGCCCCUGAUGACAGCCUCCUGGUGCCAGCUGGGACCCCGUACAUGUGGGAGCGGGCACAAGACUCUGUGGCCCUGUCUGUGACUCAGGACCCCGCCCGCAAGAAGCCCCUGGGGUGACCCUCUCGCUGUGGGCCCGAAGCAGCCAGGGUGUGCCUCAGUGCCGUGAGAGCCACCCCGCCAAGCGACCCUCCUGAUCUCCACGGCUGCUCUGCACGGCUGGCUGCUGAGCACCUCGGGAUGCCCCUGCCAGGCCCUGACCAUGUCGUCCACCCCCUGCCACUCUCAGCCAGGGAUGCCAGGCUCGUGGGGUGCUAGCAGCCCCCCUUUCCCUUAACACUCACCAGCCCCUCGGGCUUGGCCAGGGCUGUGGCGCCCCACCCCUCUGUCCCCACAGGCCACCUGCCUGCCUUCAGGGAGACCCUCAGUAAGGGCUCCUGGUGAGGUAGGAGGGUUGCGAGUUCCAUCUCAGCCUGGGCAAUUUAGCAAGAUCCUGUCUCAAAAUAAAAAAAGGAUACAG